CUCCCUUUUACCUAAUUCCGUACAUUUACACUAAAACAAGAGUCACACGUAGCCAAAUCGAUUCCACGUCUCCUCGACAGGGUGCCAACCUGAUCGCAAGCAUGGUGUCGUCCUUGCAAGCCCCGAAUGCCAGCAACCGAUUGCCAUCGUCUUCACCCACGGGCUCGCGACCUGCUGGCCAAUCCAUGGCGCUCAUCUCGGCGUACCUGCUGAAGCAGAGCGCUGGCAAGUGGAAGCGCAAACGCUGGAACCAACGCUGGUUCGUCCUAGACCGGGACAGUGGACUUCUGCGCUACUUCCGCCAUGCAUCACCCCUGGAGGCUGUGCCGUUGAGACAGGACGCCCACGGAGUGGUGUCGCUCAAGCAGGGGGGCGUGUCGCUCGUAGUGCAGGGAGAUCUCCCCUCUGGAGUGCCGACACCCUUCUGCUUCACAGUUUUGGUGGACGGUCAGCGCGAAUUGAGGCUUUGUGCAGACACAAACGCGGAGUUUCGACAAUGGACAACGAGCAUUUCGGCUAUUAUCAGCCCAGUGAGAGCAGGGCUGAGAGUGUCGGAGGCUAAGGUGGUGCCGACGACACCGGCGAGUCCAGUGCCGAGGACGUCGUCGGAUGCGGAAGUGCCGUCACCGGUGGAAUCUCCGGUAACGGAGACGAAGGAGAAGAAAGUGGAGACUGUUGAUAAGAGCAGGGAGAUGGAACCGAGAGAAAUGGUAGAACAGAUGUGCAGCUUGGUCACCAGCAACAGAACCGUGUUGUUCGCUUUAAAUCCUGUUAUUGUCCUCGUGCGAUUUGGGAACGUUUCUGUAUGGUUAUUGAUUGCGCUGUUGGCCAACGCGUUCUGCAUGUGGCUGCUCUGGUUUCGUACGACCGAAGGAACCGUUAACCAGACAUCUUCGCCUGCUACAGCUUGUCGCUCAGCUUCAAUGAAAAACGGCAGCUUAUCCCCCUCAGUGUCGACUGGAUCCGCGAAUGACGCGGAAAUGCCUCGAGACAAGCCCAGCACCAAACUCAAAACCCAAUCGCGCGAUCGAACGCUUAGUAGCUCGGUUGAUGAAAAACCCAAACGUGCUGCAUUUUUGGGUCAAAUCAAUGGGGUGAAAAUUUCAGCUGGUGCCUCGUUGAAACUGUGUGCACCUGCUGCAUCGGAGACCGUCAGUGGGAGCUGGGCACACGUCGACGCGACUCGUUUUAACGUCCGCCAAGGACCAAACUAUCGCAAGACGAAGCUCAAAGCUGCCUCAGCUCCAGCCUUGUUGGAACUUGUCGCUGUAGAUGUCUACCGGUCGGAUGUUAAAGCAGACAACAUCGGCAGCAUCGUCGACUUGAGCGAUUUGAGGCCUCAAACAGGAAAACUGGAUCUGAUCAUCGUGAACUGCCAAGUUCCUUCCUACCAACCCUCCAAUCCGCUCUGGGGCGAGAAACAAGGAGAUGGCCCAGGCUUCAACUUCGUCACGUAUUUUUCUAUUCCUCCAGCUAUUCGAGAAAUGCUCGAUGCACCAGGUGAACCAUCGCUACAAGCAGUUCGGCUUCUCAAAGAUUUUAUGCAACCCCAAAGCUGGGCGAGCGAGCGGUUCAAAGCAAUUGGCAUCGUAGUGAACCCUCAGGAGCAGAACUUGGGGCGAGCUGAGCGACGUUUACUCGAGACUUACAACGGCCAGCCUAUUCUGACGCGGCCGCAACAUCGGUUUUAUCGAGGAGACGGCUACUUUGAGGUUGAUGUGAAUGCCCACGACUUCAACUACAUCGCGCGCAAAGGACUUGUCGGAGUCUCUACUCAUGCGUGCAACAUGAUCCUAGACUUUGGUUUCGUGCUCGAAGGCCAAGAAGACAACGAGCUGCCAGAGCAAAUACUAGGAUGUGUCCGACUCUGCAAGGUCGACGUACGCGAAGCACCUUGGCUCUCCUAAACAAGAAAUUCAGCAGCCACCAAUACGUAUAAAUACCGGAUAGACGCUUAUUGUUUUUUACUGCGUCGAUAUCUUCAUUCGUAAAUGGUUAUUUACCGCGGUAAUUCGGAGUAUAGAUGUUGAUGAAGUCACAAUAAGC